UAAACGUGGGGUUAGCACAAUGUUAUAGGUCGUUGUCGGAGAUACAUUAUGUGACAGAGGGGUGUUGUGACUUUUAACCCAGUAGGGAAGUUUGUCGUAGGUGUGUAGCCUCUUAAUUGUUGCUGAUCCUGGAGGGCCAUUAACAUGUUCUUCUGAACAUGACAGGAUGCUGAAGAUGAAGAUGCAAACGUGUCUUGUAGUCUUGUGGAGCAUUCUCCUCUUUGUUCGGGAAUCAGAUUGUCAGUGUGACUUCCCUAUACAAGGUAACUGGUACAUGUCCAGAAGUAACGAGAAGCUGAGUUUUCAAGGCUCAAGUGUCCUAGGUUUUACUUUUGAAGGAGGUCCUCUACUUCAGAUCGACCUGACAACAACUUACAACUGCAUUGCUACCGACGGCAGCAGAUAUGUUAUACAGAGCAGCCAAGGCGUGGCAGAGGCUGGCGGCCUUCAACACGCCUUCACCUGCCUUCACUUCAUUUCCGGGGAAACAACUGGAAAUAUCGCCACAUUCGUUCAAGCCACAAUCACAGGCCCGGCGACAGCUCCAUUCCUUGUGAAGUACAUCACUGCGGCCGCUUUAAGUGCUGAUUACCUCACCAACGUGUGUGACCUCGCCACGCCCUACCCUGAACACAGAUACCACGUCUUCGUCAGAGAAGCUGUUCUCGGCAGCGUGGGCGUGGCCUGCCCGGGGGAGCUACAGGGUCUCCUGACGGUCACAAGCCCGCCCACUGCAUGUCCAGCGUCACUGACCGGCUGCAGUAGCUCCACGUCUUUGCAGAAGGGCGACAGCACCACAUGCAGCUGCACCGGUUGCUCCGCACCGUUAUACUAUGCAACAAACCCGGUGAGAUGUUUGAUGAACAGAACAGACACAACCAACAGCAGAUCCUACGUCACGCUCAUCAACCCGGAAUUAACACAGCGCUUUAUUUGUAUUGUUGUGAAGGAAUCUACAUCUGUGUCGACCGUCAGCUUCUCACAACGACCUCUGCAAUGCGACGAGAGUCAAUCCUCCACCACUGCAACAGGGGGUGAAGCUUUCACAUUUGGAAAAGAAACCUGUCCUCCAGAGCCUAGUGAUGGCACACUUAGUGCCACCGCUUUAUCCAUCAUCGGGGCUGUUGUGGCCAUUAUUAUCAUCAUUAUCAUCAUCACUGCCAUCGUCAUAUUCAUCAUCUGCAAGAGGAGAAAGAAGAGGGAAGAAGAGAAAAAAAGAUUGGAGAGACGAGCUAUGAGGAGAGAAGAGAGAAGAAGACGGAGACUUGAGAGACAGGAUAGAAUACGAAGAGGCCUCCCUGUCAGCGACCUGGACAGCGACUCGGACUCCUGCUACAGCACACAGUCCAACACCACCUUGGAGGAAACAGAUGACAAGCCCAUCUUCAAGAGGAAGAAAAGACCCUCCACACCCAAGAAAUUAGGAAAGAAAUUCAGGAAGAUCUACGACGAAAAGGGCAACCUUAUUCGAGAGGAAGAGAUACCUCCGGACUCAGAUGAUUCUGGUGACGAAACGAUUUACACAGUAACUGAGGACGGCCGACAGGUGAAGAAGAGACGAGCGAAGAAGACGAGGAAGUACAUCAAGGAGAGGAAACUUCCAAAUGGAAAGAAGGUGAAGGAGUUGGUUGAGAGUGACUAUUGGUCCACAUGCUCUGAGGAGAGCAUUGAAUCAUGGGAGGUCGAUCCGGUCAGAGCAGAGAUUCAUCUCGCGAGGCUUCGUCGGAAGAAGGAGAGGGAUGACAUGAUGCUUGAACUGGCACAACCCCGCCAAGGCCCUAUGGUCACCAGACUCAUGUAUGAAAAGAAGACGGGGAGAGAUGAACAUCGGGGCAGCAAGAAACCUGGCAACUUCAAGAGACUGGCCCGACGCAAGCAGAAGAAGGUGCAGGAGCCUAGGGAAGAGGAGGAGGAGGAGGAGGAGGGUAACGAUGUGGACGGCCCGGAGAGGGAUCAGUACAUGGCGCAGUACAUGAAGAAGAAGCGGCUAGAUGGCGUGCUAGAGGACGAGGGAUUCUGGGACGAGGAGAGGGCGAAACAGACAGCCAGAGAAAUAUUUGAAUUCGAACGACUUGAUGCCGAAAUAGAAGGCAAAACAGCAUACCCGGACAUUGAGUUUGUUAGUGAGACUCCCGGCGAUGAACAGCAGUCGUCAGCUAUGGAAACAUCAACCCAGGAAGUGACUGUUGAAGAUGAAACAGAGAAAAAGAAUUCCAUCAACCGGCUCAAAGACAAGGUCCGGCAGAAGGGCAAGGAUGAAGCAUCGGUGAAGUUUAAGGACGACGGGAUAUCUAAGUCAGAGUACGACGACCAGCACGAUGAUGACAAGACCAGGAAGCAGGUUACAGCCCGGGUGAGUCAACUCCUCACUCAGAGGCUGCUCGGGGAGGAUCAUACACAAGACAAGAAAUCAGCCCUGAAACUGAGCGAGUCUAGAAAGAAGGGUCGGGUCAUUUUUGUUGAGGAAAUGAAACAAAGGCAAGCCCCGGGAACUCAACCAAACAGACCGGGAGCAUUAGCACCAAUCAAGAAGGUUGUAGGUAAAGGGUCACUUCCGGGUCAGAGACGACCAAUCACAAUGGACCCCGAGCAAGCAGCGAUUUACAGAGAAGGACUAGCUAAGGAUAAACACAUUGUGGAUGCAUUGACAGCUGAAGAUUCAAGGGAACUAGAGAGUGACAAUGAGGAUGGAGAUAGUGACCUUGACGAAGGUCAUUCCCGAUUAUCACCACUGAAUCGUAGGAAAGGCCGUGGUCAACAGAUUGGUCAUUUUCCAAGAGUCCAGGGCCACGCCCGCGAAGCCUGGGGUCAUGGUGGCUCGAGUACGACGGCUGAUAAUAACGGCAAACCAACGGUACCGUACACAGUGUCCGCACCAAAGUUUCACUCUUACCUAAACUUCCUUCGUGGACACGGCUCCGCGGACCGACCAGGGCACCUGACCGACAGAGACGCCAGCUACUGUAGGGGCAUACGGGCGCCCAAGGGGAUGACAAUGGACGACGCCAGACUACGCCGCCUGCUGGAGGAGCUGUACAGGGACAAGAAGUACAUGGACACCAUCAUAGAUGCAGAAGAAUCUAACGAUGAAGAGAAAGUGAAGCAUCUGGCCGCACAAGGGCGGGACUACCUGCUGCAGAUGGCGCUGUUCUGGGAGGAAAAAGGUCCACUCCCUCCUCGCCCGUCCGUCACUUCUCUUGGGUUUAAACUCGAACGAUCCAAAUCGGCUUUCAUUAAGGACGAAACGGAGACACAAAGACCUACAAUUGCAAGGCAUAAAACAGUAUGCUGAUAUUGAAACUCCCACUUGGAUGUACCCGUGACAGUUGUGAAUCAUUGAUUAAGUGUUGGUGGAUCAGCAUGCUGCAUGAGUGUUCGCAAGACUGUGUGAAAAUAUAUAUGACUGUAUAUAUGUACAAAGGUACUAUACGUAUGUACUGUGAUUAACCUCCAUAUUGGAUAGAGACAUAUACAAACAUAUAUUCCUGCAUCUUUUCUCGGUUGUUCAUUUUGUCUUUGAAAUAAAUUAGUAACACUUGUGUCGUCAAGAAUGGACGAUCUAAACCCCUCCAGUAUUGGUUUAUGAAAGUGUGACAGUUAUUAUUGAACCCAACUUAUUAUUAUAUGUAAUUGAAUCACAAAUGUAGAUGUAGCUUUGAUAACCAAAUACAAGUUAAGGUUUGUU